AUGGCUUUAGCCGGGCUCUGCGCCCUGCUCGCCUGCUGCUGGGGGCCGGCGGCGGUGCUGGCCACGGCCGCCGGCGACGUGGAUCCUUCCAAGGAGUUGGAGUGCAAGCUCAAGAGCAUCACGGUGUCGGCGCUGCCCUUCCUGCGCGAGAACGACCUGAACAUCAUGCACAGCCCCUCGGCCUCCGAACCCAAGCUCCUCUUCUCCGUACGCAACGACUUCCCGGGAGAAAUGGUCGUGGUGGACGACCUGGAGAACACCGAGCUGCCCUACUUCGUGCUGGAGAUCUCAGGGAACACGGAGGACAUCCCUCUGGUGCGCUGGAGGCAGCAGUGGCUGGAGAAUGGCACUUUACUUUUUCACAUCCACCACCAAGAUGGGGCCCCAAGCCUCCCUGGGCAAGACCCAACUGAAGAACCCCAGCAUGAAUCAGCAGAAGAGGAGCUGAGAAUCCUGCACAUCUCAGUCAUGGGUGGCAUGAUCGCACUGCUGCUGUCUAUCUUGUGCCUGGUGAUGAUCCUGUACACUCGCCGGCGCUGGUGCAAGCGCCGCCGGGUCCCCCAGCCCCAGAAGAGUGCCAGCGCCGAGGCGGCCAAUGAGAUUCACUACAUUCCUUCCGUGCUCAUCGGCGGGCAUGGGCGGGAGAGUCUGCGCAACGCCCGUGUGCAGGGCCACAACUCCAGCGGCACCCUGAGCAUCCGGGAGACGCCCAUCCUGGACGGCUACGAGUACGACAUCACCGACCUGCGCCACCACCUGCAGCGGGAGUGCAUGAACGGAGGGGAGGACUUCGCCAGCCAGGUCACCCGCACCCUGGACUCCCUGCAGGGCUGCAACGAGAAGGCGGGAAUGGACCUCACGCCAGGAAGCGACAAUGCCAAGCUAUCGCUGAUGAACAAGUAUAAAGAUAACAUCAUCGCCACCAGCCCUGUGGACUCCAACCACCAGCAGGCCACUCUGCUCUCUCACACCUCGAGUAGCCAGAGAAAGAGGAUCAACAACAAAGCAAGAGCUGGUUCCGCCUUCCUGAACCCUGAAGGGGAUUCUAGCACGGAGGCAGAAAAUGAUCCCCAACUGACCUUUUACACUGACCCCUCACGGAGCCGAAGGCGCAGUAGAGUGGGCUCUCCCCGAAGUCCUGUGAACAAGACGACCUUGACAUUAAUCAGCAUCACCAGCUGCGUGAUCGGCCUCGUGUGCUCCUCGCACGUCAGCUGCCCGCUCGUGGUCAGAAUCACCCUGCACGUCCCGGAGCACCUCAUCGCUGAUGGGAGCCGCUUCAUCUUGCUGGAGGGGAGCCAGUUGGAUGCCAGUGACUGGCUGAACCCUGCCCAAGUGGUUCUCUUCUCUCAGCAGAACUCCAGUGGACCCUGGGCCAUGGACCUCUGUGCCCGGCGGCUCCUGGACCCCUGUGAACACCAAUGCGACCCCGAAACUGGGGAAUGCCUCUGCUACGAAGGUUACAUGAAGGACCCAGUACACAAGCAUCUUUGCAUUCGGAAUGAAUGGGGAACCAACCAGGGGCCUUGGCCUUACACAAUAUUUCAGCGAGGCUUUGACCUGGUUUUGGGAGAACAGCCUUCAGAUAAAAUAUUCAGAUUCACCUACACGCUUGGGGAGGGCAUGUGGCUGCCGCUCAGCAAAAGCUUUGUGAUUCCACCAGCUGAACUGGCCAUCAACCCAUCAGCAAAGUGUAAGACAGACAUGACAGUGAUGGAAGAUGCGGUGGAGGUCAGAGAGGAGCUGAUGACCUCAUCCUCCUUCGACAGCCUGGAGGUCCUCUUAGACUCCUUUGGACCAGUCCGUGAUUGCAGCAAGGACAACGGGGGCUGCAGUAAGAACUUCCGUUGCAUCUCAGAUCGCAAGCUGGAUUCCACCGGCUGCGUGUGCCCCUCUGGACUCAGCCCCAUGAAGGACAGCUCCGGCUGCUACGACCGCCACAUCGGGGUGGACUGCUCUGAUGGCUUCAACGGGGGCUGUGAGCAGCUGUGUCUGCAGCAGAUGGCGCCCUUCCCGGACGACCCCGCCGUGUACAACAUCCUCAUGUUCUGUGGAUGCAUCGAGGAUUACAAGCUUGGUGUGGACGGACGCUCUUGCCAACUCAUCGUGGAGACAUGCCCAGAGGGAGGUGACUGUGGGGAAAGCAGAGAGCUUCCCAUGAACCAGACCCUCUUUGGGGAGAUGUUCUUUGGUUACAACAACCAUUCCAAGGAAGUGGCGGCUGGACAGGUGCUGAGAGGAACGUUCAGGCAAAACAACUUUGCUCGAGGUUUAGACCAGCAACUGCCAGAUGGUCUUGUGGUGGCCACUGUCCCCUUGGAGAAUCAGUGCCUGGAGGAAAUCUCAGAGCCCACCCCAGACCCCGACUUCCUGACUGGGAUGGUGAACUUCAGUGAGGUGUCGGGAUACCCCGUGCUGCAGCACUGGAAGGUCCGCUCUGUGAUGUACCACAUCAAGCUCAACCAAGUGACUGUCUCUCAGGCCCUCAGCAACGCUCUCCACUCCCUGGACGGGGCUACAUCUCGUGGGGAUUUUGUAGCCUUGUUGGACCAGUUUGGCAACCACUACAUCCAGGAAGCUAUCUAUGGCUUUGAGGAAUCCUGCUCUAUCUGGUACCCAAACAAGCAGGUGCAGCGGCGACUCUGGCUGGAGUAUGAAGACAUCAGCAAAGGCAACUCCCCAUCCGAUGAGUCAGAGGAGCGGGAAAGAGACCCCAAGGUGCUGACGUUCCCAGAGUACAUCGCGAGCCUGUCAGAGUCUGGCACCAAGCGUGUGGCAGCCGGAGUCCGCAUGGAGUGCCAGAGCAAGGGCCGAUGCCCCUCGUCCUGCCCGCUGUGUCACGUGACAUCCAGCCCUGACACCCCUGCCGAGCCAGUUCUGCUGGAGGUGACCAGAGCCGCCCCCAUCUAUGAGCUGGUGACCAACAACCAGACCCAGAGGCUUUUGCUGGAGGCCACCAUGAGCUCCCUCUGGUGCUCGGGAACCGGAGACGUCAUCGAGGACUGGUGUCGAUGUGACUCCACUGCUUUCGGGGCUGACGGACUCCCCACCUGCGCGCCUCUCCCUCAGCCUGUGCUGAGACUGUCCAUGGUUCACGAGCCCAGCAGCACCCUUGUGGUCUUGGAGUGGGAACACUCAGAGCCUCCAAUCGGGGUGCAGAUUGUAGAUUACCUCAUCCGUCAAGAGAAGGUCACUGACAGGAUGGACCACUCCAAAGUGGAGACAGAAACGGUGCUAAGCUUCGUAGACGACAUCAUCUCCGGAGCCAAGUCUCCUUGUGCGAUGCCCUCUCAGGUCCCAGACAAGCAGCUCACCACAAUCUCUCUGAUCAUCCGAUGCCUGGAACCCGACACCAUCUACAUGUUCACCCUGUGGGGCGUGGACAACACAGGACGACGCUCCAGGCCAAGUGAUGUGAUCGUGAAGACCCCUUGCCCUGUGGUGGAUGAUGUCAAAGCCCAAGAAAUAGCAGACAAGAUCUACAAUCUCUUCAACGGCUAUACCAGCGGGAAGGAGCAGCAGACCGCCUACAACACGCUCCUGGAUCUGGGCUCCCCCACUCUCCAUCGAGUCCUCUACCACUAUAACCAGCACUAUGAGAGUUUUGGAGAAUUCACCUGGCGCUGUGAGGAUGAACUGGGCCCCAGGAAAGCUGGCCUCAUCCUUUCUCAGCUUGGCGAUCUCAGCGGUUGGUGCAAUGGACUCCUCCAGGAACCCAAGAUAGGCUUGCGACGCAGCUCCCUCAAGUACCUGGGCUGCCGCUACAGCGAGAUCAAGCCCUAUGGACUUGACUGGUCAGAGCUCAGCCGGGACCUCAGGAAGACGUGCGAGGAGCAGACCCUGAGUAUCCCCUACAAUGAUUACGGGGACAGCAAAGACAUCUAGUGCCAUGAUGCCAGAGAGUAGCUGCCAAAAGGAAGCAGGAGAGAGGAGGGGAAUGUCUGGGUUGGAGUGCGGAUUUUUAAUAUUUUUUAAUGGAACAUUCAAACCUCCACAACCAACAUCUAAACUGGGGUGAAGGUGACCCUUGCUCCCUGCAGAACUUCUUUGGUAUCAUGUUCUCCAUCUGCGUGGUCAAUAAGCCUGCUAGCCAAGGUUUCAUAAAUUUCUCUUUAGGGGAUUACUUUGGGGCUUGUUUUGCAGUUAGUUUGUUUCAUUCAUUUUUUUCCAAGAGGUUCAUCAGAAUGCUUGAGUUCUGCCAUGCUUCUCGUGAAAGGGCCACUUGGUUGGUGCACCUGUGCUGAGCUCCUAAGUCCCGUGCAACUGGGGACAGAGAUGAGGCCAGAAAGUUGUUAGAACAGCCUCAGGCCCUACUCUCAGGUGUCCUCCGGAAGCUCUCAUGCUGGGAACCUAAGCUCUGCUCACAGAGAACGACAAGAAAGCUGGGAAGGUGGCUGCUCUGUGGGUCUUGUGAUUUUCCCCCCAGGCCUUCCGAUUGCUCUCUUUACACUUCAAAGGUGAGCUCAGCUUCCACUAUGGGCUUCUGUGGGCCUCCUGGAUUUUUAGGUCCUCCCCCAUUUUAAGGAGAUCAAAACCAGUCAAUCCUAAAGGAAAUCAACUCUGAAUAUUCAUUGGAAGGACUGAUGCUGAAGCUGAAGCUCUAAUAAUUUGGCCAGCUGAUGCAAAGGGUCAACUCAUCAGAAAAGACCCUGAUGGUGGGAAAGAUUGAAGGCAGGAGGAGAAGGAGACAGCAGGGGAUGAGAUGGUUGGAUGGCAUCACUGACUCAAUGGACAUGAGUUUGAGCAGACUCUGGGAGAUGGUAAAGGACAGGGAAGCCUGGUGUGCUGCAGUCCAUGGGGUUGCCAAGAGUCGGACAUGACAGAGCUACUGAAAAACAACAAUUUUUUAAGACAGGACUGGAAUUAAAUCUCCUUCCAGAAGAACUCUGCCCUCUCCUCCUCUGAACAAUAUGAUCUUUAAGAGGCAAUAUAAUGUACCUGUGGAGCGGUCUACCUGGAAGUCUAGUUAGCAGUCCACAUUCUGGAAAAAAAUACGGUUUCUUCUUUUAAAAAUUCCAGCAACUCCAGGGUGAACUUCUCCAGACCAGCAGUACACAUCACACCCCUGGAAUCUGUGGUGUCCACAGCCUUUAUCCUACACAGAUCAGUCCUGGCUGAUGCCUGCUUUGGUCAGGCGGGCUCAAGACCUCCAUGGCAGUGUUGUAAUGAACUGAAGUUAUUACCCCUCACAAAACACUUCCAUCCACUCCCCCGCACCCCCUUUGCCAGAUUUCCUUAAUUAUGUUGCUAGUUUUGCAAGUCAAAUAUUUCUCUGGAUGAGAAUUCCACCAUCUUCACCCCCCUCUAGUUGCAGGAGUGUUAGCAAUGCUGUGUAGGUGAGCUCCCCUGACUGCAGGUAAAGGUCGGGUCAUUGUUUCUGCCCAGUUCCCUGAGCGUUAGCACUAGCAUGAGGGGUGCCCAACCAGAGCGAAGCCUAGCCCCUCAGAAAGAGCUCUGCAGGGUCCUGUGGACCAGCAACAGCCUUAACUGUCCCCACACGCACACCUCAGAGGCCUGAACACACACUUUCAGCCACCCUGCCUUUGACCAGGACUCUGCACUUAGAAACACGAGGGAAUGGUCAGGAAGGAGACAAGAAUCUUUAAAGCCCAUUGUUGAAGCCUACUGAUGUUUUUCUAAAUGGUUAGAAUAACGUGCGUGCUAAGUCGCUUCAGUUGUGUCUGACUGUUUGUGAUUCCAUGGACUGUAGCCUGCCAGGCUUCUCUGUCCAUGGGAUUUUCCAGGCAAGAAUACUGGAGUGGGUUGCUCCUCCAGGGCAUCAUCCCGACCCAGGGAUGGAACUGGCGUCUCUUACGUCUCCUGCAUUGGCAGGUGGGUCUCGCGCCACCUGGGAAGCCCGGUUAGAAUGACAGAGCUCACUUACUGAGUGCUUACCAUGUGCCAGACACUGCUCUAAGCACUUUACUGACAAUGGAUUCUCACAGCUACUCUUUCUUACCUGCCUGAGGUACCAUGUUAAUUCAGGCUGUGGACUCCAGAGACAGGAUUGUCAGCCCUCACCUCCUCAGCACUGUCUUCAGUGUUGCCCAGGCCCCGCUCUCCUUGGCCCCUGCCUCGUGGCACAGACGUGCCCACAGCGUGGUGCAGUGGGGGGGACAUGGCACCCUCCCCCUGCAGCUGGGUGCCCUUUGGGACCUCAGGGCAGGUCACAAGUCUUCCUCGCCGGUGCCUGGGAGCGAGCCUGUGACAGCUCUGCAGACAGGGGUGACCUCACGCCCCUCUCUUUCCACAGAAAGCUGGAAAGGUUUUAUAUCAAGCUCUGGAAUGCACCUCCAGGGCAAGGGUUGGCAGAAAACCCUGAGACCCCCCACUCAAGUGAAACGUCUCAGGGGUCAGCGUCUCGCCUUGACCAGACAGAAAGGGGUACAGGCAUCAGAGGGGGACCCCCAGCCAGUGGGGUGGGGCCUGGGAAGGCCUGCCUUUGCCCCUGCUGCCAUGUCCCGGUCCUUUAUUCAAGUCUGCACAGAGAACACAGGGGUUCCGCACAGCCAACGAGAGGACGUCCCGGCCGCGGCUCUCUUGGGCCGGGGCAGGGGCAGGGGAGUGGCAUCAGGACCGCCGUCCUUUGUCCCUCCGUGUGUGUUACUGAAAUGAAGCAGGCUCACACUCCCCUCCCUCUCCCUGUCUCCCCCACAAGGCCCCUCCUUAUCGUCUGCUCCCCCUGCCUGCGACCCUCCUCAUCCCCUUCCUCUGCCUCUGAGAGCCUCUUCCUCCUUCAGCGUCCCCGGUGCCCUACACACACACACACACACGACACAGUAUGUGUACAUAUAUACAACACACAUGCACACGCAACACACACUCUACACAUUAUAUACACGCACUGCACACACAUUGUACACACAGUACACACACUGCACACACUCUCAACAGAGAGUGUUUACACACACACUGCACACACAUUGUACACACUCCACACGGUACACACACACUGCACACACUCUUCAACAGAGUGUUUACAGACAUACACACUGCACACACAUUGUACACACUCCACAUGGUACACACACACUGCACACACUCUCAACAGAGUGUUUACAGACAUACACACUGCACACACAUUGUACACACAGUACACACACACUGCACACAUACACAUGCACAUAACACACAUAACACACAGUAUUUACACACGCGCCUACACACUACAUACAUGAUAAACUCUUCACACUACAUGCACAACACAGUGCACACUGCAUACACAUUGUACACACUCUACACAUAUAUACACACUAUCCACACGCUACAUACACUGUACAUAUGUACAUACUACACACUAUAGAUUAUUUACACACUACAUUAUUUACACACUACACAAAUACAAACAAUAGGUACACACAGCCUCUGUGCACACACACACACUAUAUAUAUUAUACACACUACACAUAGGCACUCACACUAUAUACACACACACUACAUACACACUGUACAGACACAACACACACUACACAGAGAAUACACACACCGUAUAUACUUUCUACAGACACAUGCUAUAUAUAUAUAUAUAUACCGUAUACACACACUAUUCACACACUACAGAAACACACAUCAUAUACACAAACUAUAUACACACUCUGUACACACACAUGCACACUGUACACACAGCCCCUAUGCCUGGGUCCCUUUACUUUCAGGUUAAGAUAAGGUCAGUAUGAAUGGAACAGGAGAGAGCGUGAGGUUCCCCCGAGGAUUUCACUGGAGGAUUUUGCCUGAGGAAGGCACCCUCAGUCACAGUCUGAAAACACUGCCCAGUGGGAGGAACCCAUUCUGACUAGAAAGGUAAUGGAUGGGGCCAGUAUUAAACCUCAACUUUCCAAGCUGCCAAACAGGUCUUUAGGGAGCAACACGCUGCCAGCCCCAGCUCCCAUGAGACCCCCCCGGUGUUUCCUCCUGAAUGGACAUGGCCCACGGUAAUAGCAUUAGACCUUUAACUGAGUGUGCAAUCAUUUUCCAUGGAGCGUGGUCCAUUCAUUACUUUUAGUUCAUCGCACUUCUUGAUAUUUGAAAAUGUUCUGUUAAAAAAAACUGAGUGUGGGAAAAAAACCACUUUACUACUAUAGAAGGAGGGGAGAUAUAGUAUGACCAACUUCAGGUAUAGCAGUAUUGUUUAAAAGAGAAUCAUUGUAUGAUUAUACAAAUGGAAUAAUCAACUAAAUAAUAAACUAAGCUGUUAGUAA